CAAUCUUGAAUAUAAGAUCGGACUAUAAAUUCCGGCUUAUAAUAUACGUGUGUAUAUAUCGAUAGAUGAAUUUCGGAACGCAGCCUAUAUAUCUCUGUAUUUAUGGAGCAAGCAGAUGCAAGAUUUCUCAUUGCUGUUCGUUUCUUAGGGUCAAAGUGGGUCAAAGUGAGUCAGUUAUUUUAUGUUAUUUUGUGAAGGAAUCUACUUUCCAUUAAAAAAUACAAAUCGCUGGCAACCGUUUUGUUUUAAUAAAAGCGUUUUUUCAUAUACGUUAUAAUAGUAAAAUCUCCAAAUUUGAGUAGCAUAAGUAUAACGAUCAUGGAGACCAAUAUAACGACCAUUAAUCAUUUGGUGCAAAACGAAUGGUCUCAUAUAAUAAAAUCGGAAAAUGACAAUAGAUUAUACAAGAUGUUACUAUUGAAUAAUUAUAUGAAGGUGAUUUUAAUAAGCGAUCCAACGACCGACAAAGCUGCCGCUGCGUUGAAUGUUAAUAUCGGCUCCUUAACCGAGCCGAAGAAUUUACCAGGAUUGACACACUUGUUGCAACAUGUGUUGUAUUUGUUGAAGACGGAAAAUAGUCCGCAACAGAAGUUUAAAGAAUUUGUAUCGCAAAAUAACGGCGUGGUCACUACUGAAACGACAGAAAAUCUCAGCACUUAUCGUUUUGAUAUAGCCGUAACCAAGUUCAAAAAUGCUUUAACAUCCUUUGCUCAAUUGUUCAUAAAUUCGGUCGUCUUCACUCCAGACAUGAUAAAAUCAGAAUUACAGGAAAUAAAUGUUUGUAAUUGUGUGAGGAAAAUAGAUAGAUGGGGAAUAUUGCAAUUGUUUAAAUCGACUAUAGACUGCGAUUAUCAGAUUUUGAAUGAAGAGAGCAAUAAUUUUGAAAAAGUGUCGAGUAUACCAAAUAUACCCGAACCAAUAUCGAAUAAUAUCGUAAAAUAUAUGCAGAAAUUUUAUGAUAAUUAUUAUUCCUCUCAUAUGAUGUCAUUAUGCAUCCUUAGUAAUGAAAGCUUGGAACAACUUCAAGUAUGGGUAGCAAGUCUUUUUUCUCAAGUAAAAUUGAACAAAUUUGCAAAAAUGAAAAAGGGAAUGUCUUUGAUCCAAUGUUUUCCUAAAUGUGAAUCUGUCUAUAAAAUAUAUGGAAUUCACACAUGUUUUUAUACAGACUAUAAGAUAUUAUAUAUUAUACUUCCUUCAGAAUAUUUGAUUCAUCGACAAUAUGUGUCUUUUCUCACCUAUUUGUUCGAAUAUGGCGGCAAAGGAUCAUUAAUGUCAGUUUUAAGAGCUAAUGGUUGGGGUAAUGAUAUCGAUACUGGAAACCUGUGCGAUGCCAAAGAGUUCACUUUUUUUAACGUUGCCAUCAAUUUAACUGAUGAAGGUCUUGAGCAUAUUGAUGAUAUCAUGACAUUGUUUUUCCAAUAUGUCAAACUGUUGAAGGAAAGCAACGGUACUGAAUACAGGAGAAUAUUUAAUGAAUAUAAAGAAAUCAAAGAAUUAAAAUUUCGUUUUAAAAACAGGGAAUCUCCUCUUGAAUACGUGACAAUCAUUUCGCGAUUAUUGCUAGAUACUAAAUAUGAGAAUAUGACUGAUAUUCUGCAUCAAAUUCCUACGUAUGAGCAAUUUUGGAUUCAACAAAUAUUGAAAGAUUUUUUAUCGCAACAACAUAUGAGAAUUUAUAUAAUCGCGGAAAAGUUUAAAAAUUUUGCAGAAUUUUCCGAAAAUAUCGGAACCUUUAAAUAUCGAAAAGAGAAGGUGCCGGCGAAAAUAUGUGCCAAAUGGAUUAGCAAUGCGUCUGCGGAAUUGAAUUUACCUGCCUGCAACGAAUUUUUACCGGCAACUGUUUCCAUGAAGUCAGAAGGCUAUAAGAAAUCAGAAAAUCCUACGGUUUUAUGGGACACACAAUUACUAAGAAUGUGGUACAAGAAAGAUGACAUAUUUAAGGAACCGAAAACUAUCAUAAUCUUCCAUUUCAUCUGUCCACCUGUCUAUGUGGACUCUGUCAGUGCCAAUCUCACUCAUUUCUUUGUUCGACUUGUUAACAAUUCUCUCAGAGAGCACUUAUAUCCUGCUAUUUUAGUUAAUUCACACUGGCAGCUUUCCGCUACUAAGUAUGGAAUACUACUUAAAAUAGAUGGGUUUGACGACAAGCUACAUGUGUUGUUAAACAAAAUCAUCGAUCGAAUGAUAAACUUUAAAUUAAAUCCAAAAAAUUUUGAAAUUGAGAAGCAAAAUCACGAACAAUUUUGUAAAAUGCAGCUUGAACAGUUGGGAAAAGAUCAGCUAAUCAAUUAUUCAUCAAUCCAGCUAGACAAUUAUUUGUUGCCAAUAAAUGAAAUAUUAGAAAAAAAUUCACAUAUUACUUUUGAAAAAGUCCAACAGUUCAUAUCAAGCUUAUUCAAUUCAAUAUAUGUAGAAUUCUUAAUACAUGGUAAUAUGAUUGCAUCAGAUGCCUAUAAUAUAGCAUUUCUAAUUCGGGACAAAUUCUCAAAUAUCAUUCCAUUGAUGCCAACAAGCAUAGAAUUAAAUCAUGAUAUCGACGAUGAUUACAAUUUUGAAAAUCGAUUUCGCUUGUUGUAUGAAAAGGACUCGUGUAUCGUCGGCGUUAUGUUUUAUUCAGUUAAUUCCCGAUCCACAGAGUUGGACGUGAUGUUAGAUUUUGUGCAACAAGUAAUUUGUAAACGUUUGGCUAUUUUAAAAAGUGAGGAACAGUUGGGCUGUUUAUCAUAUAGUGAUAUAUACCGAACAAAUAGAAUACAAAGAUUGAAAAUCCUGGCUCAAGGUCUAAAAUCGCAAACAGUUGAAGAUAUUAAACACCAAAUUAAUCUAUUCAUGAAUUCUGUGGUGAAUUACAUAAUUAAUAUGCCUGAAGAGAGUUUCCAAGAGAUGAAAGCUUUAUUAAUUACAUCAUAUCAUAAUAAAAAACCGAAAACAUUUAAUGAUCUAACUGAUGUUUUAGGGGCUCAGAUUUUUAAUCAACAAUAUAACUUCGAUCAAAUUAAUCUCGAAAUAGAUUACGCAAAUAAAAUUACGAAGAAAACUUUAUCUAAUUUUGAUCAUGUGUUUCAGGGUUUUAUGAUCAGUGUCUAAAUAUUUUAGAAAAAUCAUAAAUAAUAGAAAUUCUCUACAUCAAUAUAUAUAGAUUAACUUAAAGGCAAGAGAAUUUAUAUAAAAACAUUCCGUUGUUAAAAUCAAUGAUGUCACGUCGUUUCAGUGGAACAAUUAUAUACCAAAAUUAUUAACGAAAAGACGCUCUACAAGGCUUCAUGUCACAAUUAUUAAUUUUAGUUAUUUA